AUGACAUCAGCACAUCGAGCCUCACCCUCUGCCUCGUCCCCUGGGCCGACUGCCUCAACCACAGCAGCACCAGCAGCACUGCUCUCUCUCGUCUCCCAUCUCUCACCUCCUCUUUCAUCCGUUCCUCCCUUUCCCUUCUUCCUCUUGUCUCCUGUUCCCAAGCCAUUCCCGGGUGGUAACAUCUCAACACUAGGCUGCAACCACAGCAGCACCAGCAGCACUGCGCUCUGCCUUCUCCCAUCUCUCGUCUCCCAUCUCUCUUCUCCCAUCUCUCUUCUCCCAUCUCUCUUCUCCCAUCUCUCUUCUCCCAUCUCUCUUCUCCCAUCUCUCUUCUCCCAUCUCUCUUCUCCCAUCUCUCUUCUCCCAUCUCUCUUCUCCCAUCUCUCUUCUCCCAUCUCUCUUCUCCUCUUCCUUCUUUCCUUUUCUCCCCCUUGCCCCUUGUGCCCCAGCCAUUACAGCACAGCCACUGUCCUCUCCCAUCAAGUCAUCUCUUCCUCUCUCUCCCACCUGCUCUCCCUCUUGCCCUCUGUGCCCCACCCCCAGCCAUUCCCAGGAGAUGACAUCAGCACGCCAGGCCUCACCCUCUGCCUCGUUCCCUGGGCAGACUGUCUCAACCACAGCAGCACAGCCACCGUCCUCUCCCAUCAAGUCAUCUCUUCCUCUCUCUCCCACCUGCUCUCCCUCUUGCCCUCUGUGCCCCACCCCCAGCCAUUCCCAGGAGAUGACAUCAGCACGCCAGGCCUCACCCUCUGCCUCGUUCCCUGGGCAGACUGUCUCAACCACAGCAGCACUGCCACCGUCCUCUCCUGCCUAACCUACGACCCUGACUCCCGGACCGCCAGGCUCGGUGCGCACCGAGCCUACGCGCCAGGCUCGGAGGUGUUUGACUCGUACGGCCCGUGGCUGAGCCCCAGGCAGCUGUAUCUGGACCAUGGGUUUGUGGAUGAAGUGGUGUUUGAGGGGAUUCUGGCUUCUAACGAGACGACUCUUAACGAAGCAUUCCUUAGGGAAGUGGCAGGAAGGGAGGAGCGAGAGGAAGGGGAGCAGGAUGAAGGGGAGGAGGAUGAGGAGUGGGAGGGGGAUGAGAUGGAGGAAGUGGGAGCGGAAGUGGAGCAGGGCAGCUGGAUGGGGUUUACGGCCCACAUUGACCACGUGAUUGAGUUGCCUGCGAACACCUUGGGGAAAAUUAACAGCACUCUCAACGCGUCCCUGCUGGAGGCAGCAGGUCUCCCAAUUGGCCCCCCUCCCUCCUCCCACCUGUCCGCUUUCGACAGGCCCCCCUCCCACCUGUCUGCUGCUUUUGACAGGCCCCCCUCCCACCAUCGGGCCCCCCUCCCACCAUCGGGCCCCCCUCCCACCAUCGGGCCCCCCUCCCACCAUCGGGCCCCCCUCCCUCCAUCGGGCCCCCCUCCCUCCAUCGGGCCCCCCUCCCUCCAUCGGGCCCCCCUCCCUCCAUCGGGCCCCCCUCCCUCCAUCGAGCCCCCCUCCCUGAGAAUGCUGGCUCUGGUGGAUCCUGACUUCGACUCUUCCCGCUUCUCGCUCACUCCCGCCGGCCCUGAUGACAGCAUAGUGACGUGGCUAAGGGCCGCCCUGGCUUCUCCUGCUGAGCUGGCAGCGGCAGGCUGGCGCCACGUGGACGCCUCUGAUUGGCUGAGCGGCGGCCGCAGCUGGCGGUUGGAACAGAGAGCAGCAGCAGUGAUGGGGAGGAUUGCCGGGGGAGGCGUGACUGGGGAAGAGACGGAGAGAGAGGUGAGUAGAGGCGGGCUGGGUUUGCAUGGGGGACUUGAGUCGACUCAAAAGUCACUCUUCUCCAACACUCACUCUUCCCCUCCUCUACCCUUCCUCUCCCCCCCAAUGACUUUUGAGUCGACUCAAAAGUCACUCUUCUCCGACACUCACUCUUCCCCUCCUCUACCCUUCCUCUCCCCCCCAAUGACUUUUGAGUCGACUCAAAAGUCACUCUUCUCCGACACUCACUCUUUCCCUCCUCUACCCUUCCUCUCCCCCCCAAUGACUUUUGAGUCGACUCAAAAUCGACUCAAAAGUAUAUCACCGCCUCAUCUCUGCCGCUUGAUCACAGCUGCAAGGGUAUACCUCCGCCUCAUUUCCGCUGGUCAAUCGCAGCUGCAAGGGUACCGAACAACCAUAGAAGAAGACAUAGCCCUGCUGUACAACGCACCGCGGUGUAAAGAGCCCGAGAGGUGGGCGGUGGCAGCAGUAUUGAGUGAGAAGCUGGCUCUAUUAGGUGUGGGAAUAGAGGAGAACAUUACUGUGGACGAGGACGUUCACCUCCUGUUCAGAGCACCCCAGAGCAAGGCGCCUGCAAGAUGGGCGGUGGCAGCGGCAUUAAGCGAGAAGCUGGCUCUGGCUGGUGCUAUCCAGGCGCUGCAACGGCUUUAG